CGUCGCAAGAUGGUUGAAGUCAUGGUAAACCAGGCCUCCUCGUGUGAUCUUAAAGAGUUGGUGGUAAAAUUCAUUCAUGAAAUGAUUGGAAAGGAGAUUGAGAAGGCUACAUCAAGCAUUUAUCUAUUGCAGAAUGUGUUUAUUAGGAAGGUCAAGAUCUUGAAGGCUCUAAAGUUUGAUCUUGGAAAGUUGAUGGAGGUUCAUGGUGACUACUCUGAGGAUGUUGGUGUAAAGGUGGAUAUGCCUGCUGAGGAAACAGUACCAGAGGCUGAAACUGAAGUUGUUGGAGCUUAGGUUCAUG